AUGAACCUAAAAAUCACAAUUAAUUAACAAGCAUCUAUAAGUGAUUCACUAAUUAUAGCUAAUUUAAACUUAAUAAAAAUGUUUAGAGAUAAUACAUUCAAUAAGAUAGAAUGUGAUUAAUUAAUAACAUUCAAAGAUGCUGUUCAAAUCUCAUAGAUAUUAAAAGAUUGUAAAUUAUUAAACAUAUAAAUAAGAGGGAGUAUUAAUAUAUGAAGGUGAGAUUAAUGAGUUAAUUCUAACAUACCUUUAAGCCAGUGGAUUGUAUAAUUAAGGUUAAGGGAAAUUUAUAAAAUAAGUAUUAUAAAUUAAGAAAAUAAAUGUUCCAUAACAAGAAUUCAAUAAUUGUUAUGGAAAAUAUGAUUAUAUUGAAUAGAAAUUCUAAAAUCAAAUCAAUUGUUUCAAAUAAGUUGAUAUUAAUAGUAAAUAAGAAAUUAUUGAUGAGAACGAAUUAUUAAAUGAUGGUGUUUAAGUGAAAUAGGUAGAAAGUUGUGCAUCUAAGCCUAGAGCAUGUGCAAAUUGUACUUGUGGAAGAAAAGAAAUGGAGUAUAAAUAAAAAUAAUAUUCAUUUUAGAGAGAAAUAAGAUCAAGAAUAAUUAUUAGAAUAAUUAAAAAAUAAUUCAGUCAAAGGUUGUGGUAGUUGUUAUCUUGGUGAUGCAUUUAGAUGUGCAAAUUGUCCAUUCAGAGGUUGCUAAUAAUUAAAUCAUUUUAGGAUUGCCUGCAUUCAAAGAUGGAGAAUAAGUGAAAGUUUUGUAAGAUGAUGUAUUUUUGUAAGAAUAAGAAGAAAAAGAUUAAAUUAAAUUGGAAAAUGGAAAAGUCAAAUUAAAAAUAUGA